AUGCUGAUGCUAGUACGUGGAAUGGGAUGGACGGAUGCCGAAACCCGCCCCGCAGUGCCACGCCCCAUGCUCAUCGGCACCAUCCUAAAUGAAGAAUUGUUCGAUUUGAGCGCUAGAGAAGGGGUUGAAUGCCACCUCUCUUCUGUUGCUACAAGCGGUGGCGUAGAGGCUUAUUUGCUUCACGUUUCGCUGGUCAUCUGGUAUGGCGUGUCUGAGAAUAUUGAUCAGUCGAGCCACCAUCAGCUUGCUUCUCAAGCAGUUCCCGGAGAACAGGGCUAUCGGCAGCGAGUGGCCGCUGUUUCAGAUUCAAAUCGGUUCUAG